GACCUGUUUGGUUCAGUUUUUUAUUCUUCAAAAAUUUUAAAAAAAAAAAAAAAAAAAAAAAAAAAGAAGAAAAAAAAAAGUUUGGCUGACAGUUUUUAUUUUGAGAAUUGUUUUAUGUGCUCAAUUGACGUAUUUAGAGGAGUGUCGUAGGGAUACUUACGUGAGUCCUUCUCACGAGAGGUCCUAUGGCUUUGGUUGAAGAAUGAUUUGAUGAAAAAAUAUAUAUUUUUUCAAAGAACCAUUUUUAUAUUAUGUUGAAAACAAUUUUUUGAAUUCUUGAGAGCUAUUUUGAGAAAACUAAAUCAAACUAUUUCAUUCCUUUCUUUUCUCUCUAUAAUUUUUUCCAAAUACAGUUUAAGAGUUUUUCUCUUAUAAUUAAUAUUAUUAUUAUUUUUUUCCACUCUCUUUUUAUAAUAUAGAGAAAAAAAUGACUCUAUCAUCACGGUAAUUUUAAAAAUAUGACUACUGACCCUUCGUGCAAUUUUUCGGAUUGCAGACCUUUGAAUGGGACAGCUGUGGACGAAUUUGAUACAAUUGAGAGGAUCAAAAGGGGGUUUAUGCAAUUCAAGACCAACGAAUUCGACAAACAUCGAGAAUAUUACAAUGAACUUGCAGAAGGCCAGAGCCCCAAGUUUCUGGUGUUUGCAUGCUCGGACUCGAGAGUCUGCCCUUCUCAUAUCCUAAACUUCCGACCAGGUGAAGCCUUUAUGUCACGGAAUAUUGCUAAUAUGGCCCCUGCAUUUAACCAGGUUAGAUAUUCUGGAAUUGGUGCAAUCAUUGAAUAUGCAGUCGCAAUUCUUAAGGUGGAGAUUAUUCUGGUAAUAGGGCACAGUCGUUGUGGUGGAAUUAAGGGUCUUAUGUCUCUUCCGAGUGAUGGAACAACUUCUAAUGACUUUGUAGAUGACUGGGUCAAAAUUGGUUUACCCGCCAAAGCCAAGGUGACAUCAGAGCAUAGCGAUUUACCACUGGAGGAACAAUGCAAGAUUUGUGAAAGGGAGGCAGUGAAUUCGUCAUUGGUGAACCUAUUAACAUAUCCAUAUGUGAGAGAUGGAGUAGCUAACAAAACUCUACAAUUGAUGGGUGGACACUAUAAUUUUUUCAGCAGACCUUUUAGCCUAUGGGGUCUCGACUUCGGCUUCAAACCCCCUCUCGACUUCGGCUUCCCCUUAAUCUGCCCUAUGAAAAUUUAACUUUUGACCAUUAUAUGUCAAGACUUAAAUUUCCUACUUUCUCUCUCUAAAAAGGGCUCAAAUCCCCUACUGUGAGUUACCAUACGGUCCCCUGCUGUGAGCUGAUGAAAGGCCUUAGUUUGGCCACGUAUGCUUCAGUUUGUAAUAUGUCUGUGGGCUCUACAAAAAUGGUGCAAAACUCAUUAUUCCGUUAAAUUUGCCUUCCGUUAACUUAUGUGGUAAUUUAUUACAUAAAAAGAAAAAACAAAUACUCAAAAAGCUAACCCCAAUACAAUCUUAGAAAAGACGAACCCCUAUAAAGAAAAGAAAACGGCGGCAAAGAACCCUAUAUUGUUUGGGUUUCGAUCAAAGAAAGGAGAGUCAAAAUUCAGCGUUUGUUGGUCGCGAUCUUCGCUGGCCUUGGUUUGCUUGCCGUCAAAUUCCGGCGCCGUGAUUCUAGGUUCUUCUCUGGCCACGAUUUGCUUCGCUAUCUUCGCCGGCCUUAGUUCGUCAAAUUCCGGCGCCUUGAUUCUAGGUUAUUCUCUGGCCACGGUUUGCUUCGGUAUCUUCGCCGGCCUUGGUUUGCUUGCCGUCAAAUUCUGGCCACGGUUUGCUUCACUAUCUUAUUAAUAUUGUGCAUUUAAUAUAUUGUUCAUUUACAGUUAAAUUUUUGUUUUGAACGGAACAAUGUAGAUUUAGAAAAUUUAUGAUUCUUUCAUUUAUCAUC